UAUAUGAUACCUUCUAUAUACAUAGGAUACCGUUGACAUUUAGAUACUUAUCUUCAGAACAUAUCAAUAUCGGUAUCUAAGCAUUAUGUAAUUUUCCGAAAUCGGCUCCAGUCUAUUUAUUAGUCUUCUGUAAUAAACCGAACAAUUAUGGACAUUCUGGUUUUCCUGACGGCGGUGGCCCAUUUGGUCUACACCCCUUUUACUAAGGUGGAGGAGAGCUUCAACCUGCAGGCAAUGCAUGAUAUUCUAUAUUUGAGGGAUAAUUUCACUCAGUAUGAUCAUCAUGAGUUUCCGGGAGUAGUACCACGAACUUUUAUUGGCCCACUGGUUGUUUCCAUGAUUUCGGCUCCGUUUGUCCUGCUCUUUGAGACUCUGGACAUUAACAAAUUCUGGGCCCAAUAUGUAGUGCGUUUGGUUUUAGCCGGAGCCAUCACAGUGGCAUGGAAUAAUUUAAGGCAGGCUGUGACGAAGGUCUAUGGCGUGGAGGUGCGUCUAUGGUUCACAGCCAUCACCAUAACACAGUUUCAUUUCAUGUUUUACAUGACGAGGCCCUUGCCAAACAUUUUUGCCCUGCCUAUAGUACUUUAUGCCAUUGCGUAUUGGAUGCGUGACCAGCACAAGCCGUUUAUUAUCUGCUCUGGCAUCUCCAUCCUUGUCUUUCGUUCAGAAUUGGCUUUGUUCUUGGGUCUAUUGCUGGCCGUGAGCUUGCUGCAGCGAAAAUUCUCCAUUGACAGGCUAUUGAAGAUUUCCCUGCCGGCAGGCAUGUGCAUUUUGGCUGCGACUGUGCUUGUGGAUUCGUUUUUCUGGCGGAGACUGCUAUGGCCUGAGGGGGAAGUCCUCUGGUACAACACUAUUCUCAACAAAAGUUCCAAUUGGGGCACGUCGCCCUUUCUUUGGUAUUUUUACUCUGCUAUGCCUAGAGCGAUGGGAGCAUCAUUGGUUUUUGUGCCGAUUGGGAUUUUCCUCGAGAAGCGCAUUCGACCCUUGGCCCUAUCUGCUUUAGCAUUUGUACUUCUAUACUCCCUACUACCUCACAAGGAACUACGGUUUAUUAUCUAUGUGUUCCCAGUUCUUAAUAUUGUUGCGGCUUGCGCAUGCCAAAGAAUUUGGAUGAACAGCGCCAAGUCAACAUGGCACAGUUUCCUUGCGUUAUGUUCUGGAGCGCACCUGCUAUUAAAUGUCUUUAUGACGAUAUUUUUGCUCGUCAUUUCGGGAACUAAUUAUCCAGGAGGAGAAGCUCUCUCGCGUUUACAUCGUUUGGAGGUUGGCUCAUCCAACGUAUCUGUUCACAUAUCGAACUUGGCAGCCCAAAGUGGAGUCUCGCGUUUUAUGGAAAUACGGGAGGAAUGGGUGUACAGCAAAAAUGAGUCUAUGAACUACACUCAAUCCGAACUGGCCAGCUACACACAUCUUUUAGUAGAGGCCAAAAACAAGCAAAAUACUGAUGUUUGGGCUUCGUUGCAAGAUGAAUUUGACACCGUGGAAUUCAUCGAUUGCUUCAACAGCAUUGGCAUUCAAUAUAACUCGUUACUGCCCAUUCGAAUCAAAACCAAGCCCUGUAUUGGGAUCCUUAAGAGACGAAUUCCGCCUCCUCCCAAAAAGCAAAAACCCAAGGCAAAGGGUAGAACGGAAAAGACUACCGAUCCUGAAGUUGUAGAAAAAAUUAUUCCGCAGAUAGAAAAAAUCCCUAGAGCUAGCAAUAAGUCGGUAGUGGAAGCUAUUCUACCCGUAGAGGUGGAUGAUGAUGACGGUAUCGUGGCGACCGUUGAGGAGAUGUCCCUGGAACUCGAUACAAAUAGUGAAUCUGAAACAGUAACUGAACCGGAAGGAGAAUCCUUUGAGGUGCCAGCCAAGGAAAUUAAUUUUCAGGAGCUACGAAAUCUAGCCAUGGGUCAGACUACAAAAACAUCUCGAGCUGCAACCAAACUGAAAAUAAGAAAGAUUAUCGAGCAGCACUACCGAUCUAAGGGAAAGCAAAUCGAAAAUGACUCAACGGAAAGACAGCAGGUGGAAACUGGUGGACGUAGUGGGGUGAGGCAGUCUGUAAAGGCCAUUAUUAAGCAAGAGAAGAUUAAGGAGAUGAUAGAGCAAAUUUCCACCAUGGACCUUACACGCAUCUGCGAUUUGGAAAAGACAUCGACAAAGGACUGUUUAAAACAGGUCAUCGACAAAAUUGACGACAGCGAGAACGCAAAACCCAAAUAAAAAAGCCUGUUUUAACUUAAGAAUAAUGACAUUGUAAAACAGUCAAAUAAACUUUUUGUAAAAAAUA